CACGGGAAGGAAUAAGAAAAGGUCUCGUCCCCCGUCAAGUCAUGACCACAAUAUAACCGAACGGCCCAACCGUCUCGCUCUCAGACCUCUAUUUUCUCCUGAAAACAUUUUCUCCUUCGCUCAGUUAAUUCAUCAGAAACACAAUCGAUCGAUCAAAAUCUCUCCAAAUCCUUCCACAAUAUGCCGUUACCUGCGAAUGAAUAUCAGGGCUCCUUUCUGGGCCGAAUCAGUAUUCGCCGAAACCAGGUGAUCUCCAUGGACGGCAACCACGAACAGGAAAUGGAGGACCUCGAAUUGUUCCAGAAACACGUGGCGGAUCGAUUCGUAGACCUGGUGUCUCCGGCCGAAGACACAGCAUCCGCCGAACCCCUCCUCUCAAUAGCCUGGUUAAGGAGACUUCUCGACACCUUCCUCUGCUGCGAGUCCCAGUUCAAGGCCCUGCUAAUCAUGGGCCGCGACCCAUCCCACGUCGUCAAGCCACCGCUGGACCGAUUGAUCCCGGAAUUACUCGAACGCUCUGUGAAAUCGCUCGAUAUCUGUAACGCCGUCUGUAAUGGGAUCGAAUCGGUCCGCCAUUGCCAAAAAUUGGCUGAAAUUGUGGUCUCUGCUUUGGAACAGAGACCGAUGGGAGACGGACAAGUCAAGCGAGCCAAGAAGGCUUUGAGUGCUUUGGUUUUAGCGAUGGCGGCAGAUGAUAAGGAGGGAAACCAUAAGACUCCGGAGAGGACUUGGUCUUUUGGUCGCAGAGUCGGUAACAAGGAUCGCGGCGAAGGGAAUUUCAGGUCUCUGUCGUGGGCCGUGGCGAAGAAUUGGUCUGCAUCGAAGCAAAUUCAGGCGAUGACGAACAAUCUAGUAGCACCGCGCGGUGGAGAACCGACGGGAUUGGCCUUGCCUGUUUAUAUAAUGAGUGCUGUCAUGGUGUUUGUCAUGUGGGCUCUGGUGGCGGCGAUUCCUUGCCAAGAAAGGACCGGACUUGCCACGCACUUUCCGGUACCGAGGCAGCUGGGGUGGGCGCAGAAUAUGAUUGGAUUGCAGGAGAAGAUUGGGGAGGAGUGGAAGAAGAAAGAGAAGAAGGGCUCAGCUGGUUUGCUUGAGGAGAUGCAGAGGAUGGAGAAAUUGGGUCAAUCUUUGAUUGAUUUCACAGAAUCAUUUUCGUUCCCAGGGGAGGCAGAGAAACUGGAGGAGGUGGCGAUGCAGGUGGGAGAACUGGCGGAUAUUUGCCAGAAAAUGGAGGUUGGUUUGAUGCCUCUGCAGCAGCAGAUUAGGGAGGUAUUUCAUAGGGUUGUUAGGAGCAGGACAGAAGUUCUUGAAAUAUUAGAGCAUUCAGGGAAAGUCCCUUCGCCAAUUAUGUAAAAUCAUGGGCUUUUUGAGGUGAGUCCCAUGAUUCUGGCUUCAAAUUGUUCAUGGCUCUGUUUUUGAACUUAGAAUGUGGAAUUUGAUUCAGAUUCUUUUGUUUUUUUUCCCCUUAAUAGUUUGUUUUGUGAACAAAUGCCCGAGUUUGCAUUUCUGAUUAUGAUAUAUGUCCCUUUCCUUCCUUUGUACAUAUAUAUAUAUUACAUCAAGGUUUUCUUUUCUGCA